AUGCAGCUUGUGAAGGAGCUGCCCCCAGGGGCUCUGGGAACGAUGCUGGUAGUAGAAUCCCUGGUAAAAGGAAAAGACGCCACAGCGAAGAAAUACAUGCUGAAAAAGGUCGAAUGCAUUGAUGAAAACCAGGCGAACAACGCUCUUCAGGAGGUGAUGGAGCUGUUGAAAAUAAAGCAUAAGAAUAUUUGUGCCUACAAAGAAUUUUUUAUCAUUUGGGACAAUAAGAUUUCUUCUCUCUUCCUCUGUCUGGUGAUGAACUGCUUCCAGCACGAGGACCUCCUCUCGCGUAUCAAGGCCAAGAGGCUAAGACACGAGGAAUUUCCGAACAAGGUCAUUCGGAUGUUCACGGGACAGAUGGUGGAUGUAUUAGUUUACAUCCAUCGGCUAAAUAUUUUCCACCGGAAUCUAAAGCCAUCUAACAUCCUUACAAACGGGGAAGCGUCUUUCAUGGUUUCCGAUUUCGGUUCGGAAACCCUCAUGACGGAUGAGAUGAAGUGGACAAUCAGGGCUGAAGAAGAGCCCGACUCUAAAUGCUGGAUGGCUCCAGAGGCGCUCAAUUUUUCUUUUAGUGACAAAUCUGACAUUUGGUCGUUGGGCUCCAUUUUGCUGGACAUGAUAACCUGUUCUUCCUCAAAGGUGAAAGAGCCUAUGUUGUUGCUACACAACAUCAAGAAGGAGGCCAGAGCUUUUGAGGAGGCUAUGAGCCACGUGAACGGACUGCACCCCUUGCUGUCUUCGGUCCUCUUUCGGAUGCUGAAUAUUGAUCCUUUUGGGAGGCCAACUGCAGAGGAACUGGUUGAAAAUCCAUAUAUCCGAGAAUGCCUCAUUGAAGCUAAAUCCCCUCUAAUAAAGGUCACGAAGAAACUUCCUCCCGGUUUCCUGGACAUAAUUCAGACGGAUAAGAUCCAGACAAUUCUAGAAUUCAUGAUGUCUUACCCGGAAGUUGAAGAAGCGCAAGAAAAAUGCAUCGAACGUCUCAACGGCCUGUUGAACGAGGGAAAAAUUGGUGUCAAGGUGUUCCUUCACCUGGUGGAGACGGUGGUCAAUGCCAUGAACAAACACAACGACUCUAUUGAGACGCUGCUGGCUGGAAUUUCAUUGCUGCUUGGAAUCGCCGGGCGAGCUGUUGCUCAGAACUUGACAGUGGAGAUCCUGGCUGAGGAGAACCACCUCAGCUGCCUGCUGAAUUCGAUGAGGGCCCAUCCAGUCCACGAAGAGUUGCUCUGUAUGAUUUGCACCUUGUUUAUGAUGAUGUCCUCCAACGAAGCAGCCGCGGAAGCCCUCCGGGGAGCCAACAUUUUCACGGACAUCUUGACCAUCCUGUGUACUUUCGCUCACAACAAAGAGAUCUGCUUUGCUUGUUGCGGCCUCAUUUGGACCUUGGCAGUGAACGGUGGGUAG